CGUAAAGUUUAGUUUGCGGAAAAAUAACAUUGAAUUUCGGAAGCAAACAUAUAAAACGAAAAAUGUAACACAUUCAAGUGGUUUGUGAUUUCGGGUAAAUUUCCUAUUGCCAUCAGUUAUUUUAAGUGCUUAUGUGCAAUAGAAUUCCAGAUCAACAAAAUUUGGGUUUGCUCAGUUUUUAAAGGCACAAGACAUAAAGAAAUGUAGAAGAAGACGUAUGUGUAAGAAGUGAGAUUCCAGCGAAAAACAAGAAUGCUUCAAGAAAGCGUAGGAAGCGAUGAUUCUGUUAUUAUUUUUUGCGUUUUUAUUGCAAUUGUUCGUUUUUCCUAAAAUUACAAUGUUUGUAAACUACUGCAUUAGUGCUAACGCGUUAAAAAAAUUCGUACAAUUUGCAAUCGAAAAGCCAAUUACUGCUUUAGUGUCAGCUGUGUUACCCAAACAAAAUGAAGAGGCAGACGUCGAACCCUUUUCAUAACCCGCAGUGCUAAUGUAAUAUUUGGAAGUGUAUAAUACCAGUAUGUGCGAUAUCCUAUUCCUCAUUAAUGCAUAACAUAUUAUGCCGAUAAGGGCGGUGCAAACAAGAGCGGGUGGUAGAUGCGUGUCGGCAAAAGCUAGUGCAAGCGAGAGCGUUUCCGAAGAAAAGUGAAAGUCGAAUUCAUGAAAUAGUAAUCACCGACAUUACACCUUCAGUUGCAAGUAGAUACAUAUAUACUGCAGUAUAAAUAUAUUUUUUCUACGUUGACACCGAAGAUCUUGUGGCGAAUAACUAAAAAGGCAUUUUAUAUACAUAUCCACAUAUAUCUGAAGAAAUUCGCGAUAUACUAUGUAAAACCUUUCCAUCACAAAAAUUAAGAUAACGAAUUGGCUCGAGGGCAAGAUAGGCGCGCCAAACCGCGCGGUCAGUAGUCAGCCGACCAGCCGUGUGUGCAGUUGAAGCGUAAAGUGUCGACAGCAUUGAAGGCGGAUUAGCGUCAAAGCGACAAAAAAAGCAAACGGCCAGAGUGAGCGGCCGAAAAUCCAUACUUAUGUAUGUACGUACUAUAUAUGUACAUAUGUGUCAAUUACUCAACGUGUAAUGUAGUGUGACGCGUAUCGAAUUAGUUGCGAGCUGUAAAGUGAGUAUGAACAAUGGACGGUAGCUGCUAAAAGAUAAUCCACUUGAAAAAAAAAUAUUAAAAUAUAAAAUUCUUGCGCUCCAAUUACAACGGAUUUCACAAAUGAUUAUGAAAUGAAAUGUGACAACUUGCAACAUUUUGCGGCGAACAACAAUGUAUGCAACGAAAUAUGGCCUGCAACAGGCAAACCGGCGAAUGCAACACAAUGCCGCUACUACGGUACGCCAUGCGACGAUUUGACAAGAGCUAGCGAGCGAAAUGGGCAGAGCGCAUGCGCAAAUGAAAAGUGUUGAGUAUAUAAAAAUUUGGAAACAUAUCAAAUGGCGGCGCGACUAUAAACAUACGCAAGCAUUAAAUGUGCCAAACAAGUAGAGAGAUUUGUUGUUUGUUGCAGACAGCCUAAGCAAGCGGGCAGUGGAAAACUUUGUGCGUUAGAAAGUGGUAGUUUUUAAAACAAAAAUAUUAUUUUAGAGGUUAUAAAGGCUUUUUUUCCAAAAGUAAUGUGUGUAAACGCGAGCGUUUGGUGUGAAUUUUGUCUACUUCGAUGCCUGUAAGAAGGUUAAAAAAUUUAAAAUUACUAAAAAAAGAAAGAAAUUAGUGGAAAGUAUAAACGAAUAUAUUUUAUUAAAAAAGAAAAUUAGGAAAAUUAAGCAUAAGGGAUUUUAACAAUAUCUAAGCCAUAAUAUAUCUAUAAAUAAAUAUAUAUAUAUAUAUAUGUAUAUCAAUAAGCUAUAUAAUAAAAGCUGCAGCUUAAAAGUGUCAUGAGAUUUUUUCAAUUCUAAAAUACAUUAUUCCAAGUGCCGUACUUAAUUUUCUGCGCAUAUUUGUAACCCACUGUUGUGAUCAAUUAUUAGCACUAAGUAAAUAAAAAAUAAUUUGCGCACAAAAUGCUGAAGAAAAGAAACUGUUGUAAAGCUAACUUAACUUAACUCCAUAAAUAAUUACUGUAAGUGAAAGCUUCACCAAAAGCUUGAAAGCUUUCCUAAAACCUAGAGACUUUAGCAAAGCCGUAAAAGCUUCGUCAAAAACGUAAAACAAAAUCGUGAAAGCUCCGACAAAAUUGUGAAAGCUUCGAUAAAGCAUGAAAGCUUCAGCAAAGCUGCUAGUGAAACGUGAAAUCCUAAAUAAAAGCGAGUAAAAGCGCCUACCAAAUUGGUAAGCUUCGCCAAAAUGUUAGGUUUUCCAUAAAACGUGAAAGCUUGAAUAAUUAAAUUAGAAAGCUUCUUGAAACGCAUGAAAGCUUAAAUAUUACGUGAGAUCUUAAAUAAAAAGGGACAGCUUUAAAAAAAUCGUGAAAGCUUCUGCAAAUUCGUGAAAGCUUAAAUAACACUUGAAAUCUUAAAUAAAAAGAAAAAAACUCUGCCAAGCGCCUCUGCAAAGUCGUGAAUGCUUCAACAAAACGUGAAAGCUUCACAGAACUAGUGAAAUCUUCAAUAAAACUUGAAAGCGGCAACAAAAAAGUGAAAGCUUCGAUAUAGCGUGGAAGUUUCAGCAAAGCCUUAAAAGCUUAAGUUUAACAAAAUCCUGAAAGCUCUGAAAAAAUUGUGGAAUCAUCAAAUCCGCCAAAGCUUUAAUAAAAGCUUCAGCAAAGUCCUGAAAAUUUCACAAAAAUCGUGAAAGCUCAACUGUAGAAACAAUAAAGCUUAACAUAUCUGGAAUAAAGCGCUGCAGCAAAAGAAACCGUUCCGACACACGCAAACCAGCAACGCCUCCACCGAGCGAAAGUUCCAAACAAACACAAAAGAUAAAAAAAUACCAAACGUAGCUUAAAAAAACCCUUAACCCCAAUAAAUUACACAGCGAAAAAUUAAAGGUGUGGUAACAACAACAAUAACACAUCAUACCAAAUGACAAUAUCAAAUCGUUUGAAUCGCAGACGAAACAUCAACAUCAACAAUAACAACGGUGACAACAGCAACACCGCCGAUACUGAAUUAUUGCUGGCAGGAGCAACAAACACAAAACCAACACAGAGCUCCGCAAGCGGACGCAUCAAACGCGCUCGUCGUUUAGCAGCGGCCGUCAAAAUGACAGCGCUCAACCAACAAACGACAGACGAUAUGACAACUACAACAACAACAACAACAGCAAGAGUGUUGCAUACUGAUAGCGCUACAAUGAACGGGAAUGCAGCUGACAACGGCAACGCGCGCGUCAGCAGCAAGUUUUUGCCCGGGAAGUCGCUCAAAUAUGAGCGCCUCAUAAAUCAACCGAAAAAUGCCGGUACAGCAGCAACAGCAAAAACUCUAACAAAAGCAAUUGAUGGCAUGACAUCCGAAGCGGCGCUAAAUACUAACGGUAAUGAGUGGCCGCCACAGCAGCAGCAACAACAACACUGCCGCUUGCAAGAUGAGGCCACAGCAGCGUUGUCCUCGUGGCACGAUGCCCAUUCAUCGUCAACGCCCGCUACAGCGACGUCCGCGGCGACAAUGAGGAAUUGGCAAGCACAUUCGGAAGGCGCGGAAACGCAUUUAUCACCAGCAGUCAACGGCGUGGGUGUAGUAAAUGCGAAUGCCAAAGCGCCUGCGAAAAUGCGAAGCCGCCGUGCCAAUGGCGGUAGUGGUGGUCAUAGUUGGAGUGGCAAUUAUCAACAGCAGCAUCCGCAUACGCCAGAGCCGCAACCAACGACGACAACACCGACAACUCUGGUGGCGGGUUCUGCAAUAAAACCAACACUGUCGUCGGCACGCACACAAAACCAAACUGUUGACAAUGGCAGUGGCGGCGGCGACGGCGGCGGCUUUGGCAACAUGACCGGUAAUGGCAACAGUUAUGUCAGCGGUAAUAAUGUGAAAUAUUUUGGCAAUGGCGUCGACUAUAAUGGCGCAUCUGCGUCCGACACGGUUGCCUUGCUCAGCGCGUUGCCAACGAAACACGGCGAACAGCAACAGCCGACCACGAAUUGGCACAGCAACAGUGCCAACUUAACGCGCAGUACUAAAGGUUUCUACUACAGCGCCGUCGACGACAGCGUUGCUGAUUUCGAUGCAAAUUACACAUCGCAAGCGCCAUCCGCGUCCGAGUCGCCGCUAUACUACUCAUCAGCUGCGUCGUCUGCGCGUUGCGCCUCCUCACCCGCCGCUUUCUACAUGUCCAACGGUGCCGCGUCCUCUUCGCCGUCCAGGUCGGGGUCGGGGUCGAGUUCUGCGCACGGGUCAUCAUCCGCGGCCGUUGCAUUGGCAUGUAAUUGUUGCAGUAAUUUAAUUGCCCGCUGCUGUUUCGGCAUACCACUGCUGAAGGCAAUCAACGUGCGGCGCUGUGUGUUGGCAUUGUUCGCCAUAACGGUCGUUACGAUUUUUUACUACACUCAUUACGUCGAUACGGGCGUUUUUGUCGGUUUAAUUCAGCGUGACACCCGACCAUCUCCGCUUAUAAACUGUCGAAUGGUUAGCGGGAAACACACACGCGAAUCAUCACGAGCGCCUGAUCAUCGUUCCGAGGCGCGGCUGCGCAUCGAUCCGAAGGUGUUGGUGUUCGUGGAGACGACCUACUCAGGACUCGGGCGAGAUAUUGCCGAACUAUUGGUCUAUAAUAGAAUUAAGUACAAAAUCGAAGUGGCUGGCAAAAGUCUUCCUGUGUUAACGAAUCUCGACAAGGGCCGCUACGGGGUGAUCGUUUUCGAAAACCUCGACAAAUACUUGAAUAUGGACAAAUGGAAUCGUGAGCUACUCGAUAAAUACUGUCGUGAAUACUCCGUCGGCAUAGUAGGUUUUGUCAGCCCGAGCGAGGAGACUUUGGUGGCGGCACAGUUGCGCGGUUUUCCACUCUACAUACAUACGAAUUUGCGCCUACGCGACGCCAGUCUCAAUCCCGCCUCGCCAGUGUUGCGUCUGACGCGUGCCGGUGAAACGGCGUGGGGCGCUUUACCCGGCGAUGACUGGGCCGUCUUCCAACACAAUCACACCACCUACGAACCGGUGGAAUGGGCGCAGCGUAACACACAGGACUUUCCAUCGGACAGCGAUGGUCAAGUGCAAUUACCACUCACCACUGUGCUGCAAGAUCAUGGCCAUUUUGAUGGCAUACAGCGCGUGUUUUUCGGCAGUAGUUUGCGUUUCUGGCUACACCGCUUACUAUUUCUGGACGCGCUGUCGUACUUGAGUCACGGUCAGCUGAGCUUAAGCCUUGAACGUAUGAUAUUAGUGGAUAUCGACGAUAUUUUCGUGGGUGAGCGCGGUACGCGCCUGCGUCCGGACGAUGUGCAGGCACUGAUAGCCACACAGCGUAUUAUUGCGUCGAUGGUGCCGGGUUUCCGCUUCAACUUGGGUUUCUCCGGCAAGUUCUAUCAUCACGGCGAGCGCGAAGAGAAUUUGGGCGAUGACUAUUUGUUGCGUAAUGUGCAGGAAUUCAAUUGGUUCUCGCACAUGUGGAAGCAUCAACAGCCGCACCUUUAUGACAAUCUGACUUUGCUUAUGUCAGAGAUGCAACUGAAUUACGCCUUUGCCAAGGAGCACAACAUACCUACUGACUCCGGCUACUCAAUAUCGCCGCAUCAUUCGGGCGUAUACCCGGCGCAUGAAAUACUGUACAUAGCGUGGAAGAAUAUUUGGAAUGUGAAAGUCACGUCCACGGAAGAGUAUCCGCAUUUGCGACCCGCACGCUUACGGCGUGGCUUUAUACACCGUGACAUAAUGGUGUUGCCACGGCAGACAUGUGGUCUCUUCACGCACACCAUGUACAUCGAUCGCUAUCCAGGCGGACGUGACAAGCUUGACGAAUCGAUACAGGGUGGUGAACUCUUCCAAACUAUAGUCUAUAAUCCGAUAAAUAUUUUCAUGACACAUAUGUCGAACUAUGGCUCGGAUCGGCUGGCUUUAUAUACGUUCCAAUCGGUAAUAAAGUUCCUGCAAUGCUGGACUAAUCUGAAACUCAGCUCAGCGCCGCCCAUACAAUUAGCGGAAAUGUAUUUCCGUCUGCAUCCCGAAGAAGUGGAUCCCGUUUGGGGUAAUCCGUGUGACGAUCCACGCCAUAAGAAAAUCUGGUCGAAGAAGAAAAGCUGUGAUUCAUUACCCAAAUUUCUAGUGAUUGGUCCACAGAAAACGGGUACAACUGCACUCUACACAUUCCUCUCUAUGCACUCGAGCAUCACUAGUAAUAUACCCAGCCCCGACACAUUCGAAGAAAUACAAUUCUUUAAUGGCAACAACUAUUAUCGUGGCCUCGACUGGUACAUGGACUUCUUCCCGUCCGACUCGAACAGCAACACCACCGUGGCCACCCCAACGCGUUAUAUGUUUGAGAAAAGUGCGACCUAUUUCGAUGGUGAAGCAGUGCCAAAACGUGCACACGCUCUGCUGCCGCAUGCAAAGAUCGUAUCGAUUCUUAUCUCGCCAGCGAAACGCGCCUAUUCGUGGUAUCAACAUCAGCGGGCACAUGGUGACGCGAUCGCCAAUAACUACAGCUUCUAUCAGGUAAUCACAGCCAGCGAAUCGGCGCCAAAGGCUCUAAAGGAUUUACGUAAUCGCUGCCUGAAUCCCGGCAAAUACGCACAGCACCUGGAGCAUUGGCUGGCCUACUAUCCCGCCCAGCAACUGCAUAUCAUCGAUGGCGAACAGUUACGACUCAACCCGGUGGAUGUGAUGAACGAUUUGCAGCGCUUCCUCAAAAUACAACCGACGCUCGACUAUUCGAAUCAUUUGCGCUUCGAUGCGAAGAAGGGAUUCUUCUGUCAGGCACUCAGCGAGAAGCGCAAUAAAUGUUUGGGCAAAUCGAAGGGCCGUCAAUAUCCGUCGAUGGACGAACGCAGCGCCAAGCUGCUGCAGCGCUACUAUCUCAGCCACAACACAGCGCUGGUGAAGCUGUUGAAGAAGUUGGGCUCACGACCCAUACCACAGUGGCUGAAAGACGACCUCUCGACGGGCACGUGAUAGCUAAUGCAAUUCCGGCGACUGCGCAACAAGCUGCGAAAACAAUUCGAAAUGGUGUUUGUAAGACUCAAACAACAGACAGACACGAACAACGACAACGAGGUGAUAAAGGAGGAGGACGAAACGCCUAAAAGUAUACCAUACAGACAUCACAGACGCAACAGCUGGACACGCUAUUAGCGCAGCACAGUCGUGUGGAGCAUGGCAGUCGAGUCAAACAA